UGACCAACUGCAGAUUUGCAGAGUGAAGACUCCUCCAGUUCCCCUGUGCGGCUGUGCUGUGCCGCCGCCGCCCACUCCAGACUCCUCCAGUUCCCCCGGUGGUCAUGGCGGAUCAAACCCCUCUGGUUCCCCGCGUCAAGCUCGGCACCCAGGGAUUGGAGAUGUCCAAGCUGGGGUUCGGCUGCAUGGGGCUGACGGGCGCCUACAACUCCCCGCUGGACGACGAGGCCGGCAUCGCCGUCAUCACGCACGCCUUCCGCCGCGGGGUAACCUUCUUCGACACCUCCGACGUCUACGGGCCCCACACCAACGAAAUCCUCCUCGGCAAGGCGCUGAAGCAGCUGCCCAGGGAGCAGGUGCAGGUGGCCACCAAGUUCGGGAUACGGCGGGACGGGAGCGGCGUGGGCACCGUGUGCGGGAAGCCCGAAUACGUGCGCGCCUGCUGCGAGGCCAGCCUGCGCCGCCUCGGCAUCGACUGCAUCGACCUCUACUACCAGCACCGCAUCGACACCACCAUCCCUAUCGAGGACACGAUUGGUGAGCUCAAGAAACUGGUGGAGGAGGGGAAGGUCAAGUACAUCGGGUUGUCAGAGGCAAGCCCCGACACAAUUAGGCGUGCACACACCGUGCAUCCGAUCACAGCUGUGCAGAUGGAGUGGUCGCUCUGGUCUCGCGACAUCGAGCCCGAGAUUGUGCCGCUCUGCAGAGAAUUGGGCAUUGGAAUUGUUCCUUAUAGUCCGAUUGGCCGUGGUUUUUUCGGCGGGAGAGGAGUGACAGAGCAAGUGGCUGCUGAAUCUAAUCUGCAUGGGCAUCCAAGGUUUGCGGCAGAAAAUUUGGAGAAGAACAAGCAAAUUUAUCUGAAAAUGGAAGAACUGGCCAAUAAGCACCAGUGCAGCCCUGCUCAACUAGCUUUGGCAUGGGUUCUGCAUCAAGGGGUUGAUGUCGUUCCUAUACCAGGGACAACAAAGAUCAAGAAUCUAGAUGCCAACAUUGAUGCCUUGAAGGUCAAGCUGACAGAUGAGGCCCUGAAGGAAAUCGGCAGCCAGAUCCGUGAAGAAGAUGUAGCUGGUGGAAGACAAUACACCUCCUUUGCACAUACUACCUGGAAGUACGCAGAUACACCAAAGAAGCAGAGCUAAAUAAGAACUUAGCAACGGUGAUAGUAUGUGAUUGGUGUAUGUGCUGCUCUCCCUGCAGAUGUGCUCAGUAUUACGGCCGAUGUAUCUUUCUGAAUACUCUGUGCUAGACAGUGUACGACAGAAAAAUAAUAAAGUGCCGUGUCAUCUGAAAUAUGAGCAAAAAGUUGAUUUCUGUGCAUACUUAUGUUUAGACAAGACUAUGUAUAUUGUUGCAUGAAAUGUCUGAACCUAUAAUAAAGUUACAUUAUGUGUACAA